GUAAAUCUCACCUGGCCAUUGUGCAGCGAGUGAACAACGAGGGGGAAGGGGACCCAUUUUACGAAGUUCUAGGAAUUGUCACCUUGGAAGAUGUGAUUGAAGAGAUCAUCAAAUCUGAAAUCUUGGAUGAGACAGACCUGUACACUGACAACAGAACAAAAAAGAAAGUGGCCCACCGUGAAAGAAAGCAAGAUUUCUCUGCCUUUAAGCAGACGGAUAGCGAGAUGAAGGUUAAAAUAUCACCGCAGCUUCUCCUGGCCAUGCACCGUUUCCUAGCAACAGAAGUAGAAGCGUUUAGCCCAUCCCAGAUGUCAGAGAAGAUCCUCCUCAGGCUGCUAAAGCACCCCAAUGUCAUCCAGGAGCUGAAGUAUGACGAGAAGAACAAGAAGGCCCCCGAGUGCUACCUCUACCAGCGAAACAAGCCUGUAGACUACUUUGUUCUCAUUCUGCAGGGGAAAGUGGAAGUAGAAGCCGGGAAGGAAGGCAUGAAGUUCGAAGCCAGCGCCUUUUCAUACUACGGUGUGAUGGCCCUCACAGCCUCUCCAGUUCCUUUGUCCCUGUCUCGUACCUUUGUUGUCAGCAGGACAGAGGUGUUAGCGGCAGGCUCUCCAGGUGAAAAUAAGUCACCUCCUCGCCCCUGUGGCCUGAACCACUCAGACUCUCUCAGUCGAAGCGACCGGAUUGAUGCCAUGACACCAACCUUGGGGAGCAGCAACAACCAGCUCAAUUCUUCAUUCCUGCAGGUCUACAUCCCCGACUACUCAGUCAGAGCCCUCUCUGACCUACAGUUCGUCAAGAUCUCCAGACAGCAAUACCAAAAUGCCUUGAUGGCAUCCCGGAUGGACAAAACCCCCCAGUCUUCAGACAGUGAAAACACUAAAAUUGAAUUGACUCUUACGGAGCUGCAUGAUGGUUUGCCGGACGAGACGGCCAACUUGCUCAAUGAACAGAACUGUGUGUCGCACAACAAGGCCAACCACAGCCUGCACAGUGAAGGCGCCAUCUAGGGCCCUUCAAGCCCUCCUUAAUCGGCCUCCUGGCCUGUCUGACCAUGACUUCCACUAGUGUGAGCUUGUCUGCCAUGCUGCGACAUACAGCAUUGAGACCAAAGACUUUGCCCCUUUCCCUGGAGGCUGCGGAGGACGGCAUGGGGAGGGAUGGAAGCUAGACACGUGACAUCGACAGCUGGGGCAUGGCUUUCAAGAAUUCGGAGACAAACUUCUUCCGCCCAAAUAGAAUCAUGUUUAUUUUUUCAGUACCUUUUAUCAUUUCUUUCCUCCCUCAAUUUGCAUGAAUUUAAAAAUUGUUUCAUUUAUUUUUUUCAAGAGAUCAUGUUUUUGUUUUUAAGUGUCUUUUGCAGAGUUUUAAGUUGGUCUGUCUGAGCUAACUCUGCUGUGAUCCCAUGAUGUGACCCUAACAGGCUGGACUUGCCCCUUGAGUGGCCUUCCUUGGCCGUCCCCAGGAAGGAUACCUUUCCUCUGUGUGCCGGUGGGUGUCGCCGUUGAACUUGACGGAUGAAUGAAGAAAACCACGUCACUGAGGAAUGUGCCAAGUCUGUUGUCGCUGUGGGUGUGGGCAGACACUGCAGAUGCCCCUCUGCACAUAGCGUUGUUUUGAAAAUAUGUUUAACUGUGUCCCUUUCCCUCAGGAAGGGUUAACGUUUGCUUGGGAAUGUGAUUUUGCUCCCACCCUAAGGAAUUUUUAUCACCAAAAUGAAUGUUAAUGAAUUUUAAACCCAUGGUUUAUCAUUGGCAAGAGACAAGUUGACUUCAUCCACAUUCCUGUAACCUGGGGUGAUCUGGGGAAUCAGCUGAGCCCCCCCCCAAACCUUCUCGUCCCUCACUCUCGUUAACCCAAGCUGCUGCUCCAGGUGCCAAAUGGAAACCUUCCGUGGGGCGUCUUAAUGAACAUGUGUUGUGGCAGCUACGUGAGUGCCUCCUUCCCACUGGGAUUUGUCAAUUACCAGAAUGAGGCAGGGGUGGGGUGGGAUGGGCUAUGUACUUGGGCAGGUCUAGACCCAUGUUUUUAAUGGAAGGACAAGGGACUGCCUGUCCUGCCCCUUCUUCCAUACAGCCAAGUGCCCUCUCCCAUCUUGUCCAUGGGCUGUGGGGCCCAGAAGUGGCAGUGCCCCUGCUCAAGGUGUCUCUUGCUUCAGCUGUGGCCAGUGCCAGAGAGGUGCCCAUACAGCCAGUCAGGUUCACCCCAAACGGAUUCAGAAACCAAAUGUGUGUUGUGACCGUUUCAUGUGUGUGUCUCUUGUCCUAUUUUAAUACCAAAUUUACCAUGUGUUGUGAAGUUCACGCCAGCAAGUACUGUUUGGGUGACUGAAUCCGUAACUAGCUUCUUUGUGUAAGUGGUUCCUUGCGUUUGCUGGCGAUACUCAUACACUGAAAUGAACUGCUGACCAUAGUGUUUGAUAGGAUUCUCAGCACCCAGGUCACUGCUGGAGAAGACAGGGUCUCCUGUGCCUGGCUUCCUGCCCUAAGGCUCAACAUCAGCCUCCUCCCUCAGGUAGGAGGUCCACCAACCCCAGGUUGGGCUCUGGGAGGGUGACAUGUUAGGUUGGUCUCCUGGUUAAUAGUUGGUGACUCUGGAAAUGUGUGUGUGUGUGUGUGUAUGUGUGUGUGUGUGUGUGUGUGUGUGUACGCAUGCAUGCUGGGAGUGGAACCCACAGCCUUGGGCAUGCUUGGCAAGUGUCCUAUGAUUGCUACACCUGGGUUUGGGCCUCUGGUGCCAUGUCCAUGGACAGUGUUAACCCUGGGUGGUGGUCCUGGAGAGUUCUCAGGAGGGACCACGUCUGACAGAGAAGGGGUGGCCUCACUUGUGGAGGGUCACUGGCAGUGGCCUUACUCUCGGGUUGCUGAGUGACCUGCUGCUGGCGCCUGGCCUGUCACCUUGGGAUGCAGGUCCUACCAUAUGGAGCCCCACACUGUGAGUAACCCUCUUUUCAAACACGUCCAGGUUUUUAAAAAAUCCAUUUACUAAGGAGCAUAAUGUGUGCAGAUGCAAACUCUGGCCAAGGCUGGGGGUCUCUCUCUACACCAGUAAGCCUCCACCUGGGCCCCUCCCUGAGGCCUGGAGGGAGCCAGGAGCCCAGCCAAGGCUCUGGGUGGCACGUGCUCCCCUCUGUCAGCCUCUUGGGCACUGUGCGUACCUGCCUCAGGCAUUCUUACUGCUGGAAGGGGCCUGUGGGACAGAAGCACGCGGAGUCCCUUUUCAGAGCUUCACUGUUGGUGGAUCCUAGCGAUGCCUGGUGUGGCUGUUAGGUGUAGUGUUCUCUCACAAAGCCGCUGGGAAGACUGAGACUGUAGCCUGCCCGCCAGCUUUGUGUUCAUUCCCACUAACCAUCUAAUUACCGUUGAGUAGUCACUCCAUUCUUCCAACAGGAAUUCAGAAUCGUUCCUCCCCAGUUCCCAAGUGCACAAAGGUGAACUGGCUGCUCUGUGGAGAGGUCUCAACCUUCAAACAGGGUUUGCAUCUGAGUGACCAAUUCUUCAGACUCCUUAGGAGCUGAAGGAGAGACACUUCUCCUCUGGGGCAGCGUAACUGUCUUGUCCAGGAAGGGCACAUACCAUCUGUGGCCUGACCCCAUGGGCUUCCCAGCCAAGAAAGACUAGCAAGUCCGUGACGGCCAGGCACAGUGGCCCCUCCCUUGUGCUCUGGCCUGUAGUCCUCCCAGAUGCAGCUUGUGUGAACAGGGAGGUAGGAGGGGGAGGGCAGGCAGGCUGGCCAGACUGGGGGUGCUAUGGGCCUACCCCCUGCCCUACCGUGGCAUCUGAAGCCACUGCUGCCAGCCAGAGGCCAGGGCAGCCUUGGGUGCAGAUGUGGCCAGGACAUUCAUGGUGAAUGAGCGUCCUUCGCCCCACUGCCCUUUGUCCACUGGGCAAGUCCAAACUCUUAACAAUUAAAACCUUGGGAAAACAGAACCCUAAAAUGUAUGCAUGAGCAUUGGGUGCUAGUCAAGUGGAUUAAACUUUGGUUCUUAAUCUGAAGGUGCCUCCUCUUCCUUCCGUACUCUCUGUGGGCCUGGUUGCCCUCACGUGAAGGGAGCUGAGCCACACACCACUUUCUCAUGUUAUUCCAAGAAACGUGUGUAGGUGUUCAGUGCAGAACUUCACACUGACAUGGAACACGAACUGUGAAGUAGCCUUGCACCCCCAGCUCCGUACAGCUGAAGGACUAGGUUUUCCAAGUCUAGGAAAACAGCCCAGGUCCAAAUGCAUUUCCCUUAAGGAAUGGAGCAUCGGGGCUUUCGGCAGGGACCUCAUGCUAUUUGGGUUAAGAAGCAAACCAAGUAGGUGCUGAGUGAGUGAGCCUGUGUCCUAGCUAAUUAAAACACAUGCAGGGACCUCUGUUCUCUGAAUGCUGCCAGGGAUCUGUGCCACACAGUCCCUGUGCCUGGACCCAGGGGAUGAGGUCUCCCAGGGGUGAAGCCAGGCAGGUUAACUGGUGCAACGUCCACACCUUGUUCCUGGACUGAAGAGCAGGCCUCAGAGGGCAGACUUCUUAGAGCAUGCCUUGUAGCCUAAGCUCCCUGGUGGCUUGGCACACCUCCCCCCUCCCUGCUCUGACCCAAGAAGUGUUUUUCCUAUGAGGGGCUGUUUUAGGCUUCAGGUACCACUGUGCCCUUUCUUACUGAGACUGGGCUUUCCUGGGCUGUUCACUUCCAUUCUGGGCCUAGGCUUGUGCCUCUGUGAAACAAGGACAACUGGGUAAGCUGUAGGCUAGCCCAGAAUCCAAGGAGCUGAGGUGAAUAGGGAAGUAAGUGACUGGGGGGCUUGGGGGGUUUCCCAAACAAAUUUAUCAAUGAGCAACCUACUCAGUGGAUUUUUAUACCUCAGGGCCAUUUGCUUUUGUGUCUGAGUGGCUGAUGGGAAGGAUGAACUCAUUGAGGUUCACGUCUUCUACUCGAGGGAUGGGUAGCGUUCCAAGGCUGGUCUGGAGCCUGGGCUGAGCAGACCUUUCUCCAAGACUUGUGCACACUCCUCCCGGAAUCAAUGAUAAUUUACUGGUUUUCUUUCUGGGGAGUCCAGUCAGUCAGAGGGAGCAGUCCUUCACAGCAGCUGAGGGCCUUUGUUUCUUAGUUUCCUGUGACCUAAACGGGCAACCUUUUUAUACCAGAGACCUUGAGACAUCUCAACUGCGAUUGUUUUAAAUACCUUUUGAUGGGGAGUUCCAGGCAGUACUUGAAGCAAUAUCAAAAUGGCAGGAAGGGUCAGGUUCUAGGUGUUUGUAGGUACACAGCUGUGACACAUAGGAGAGACAGUCAGCAGUGACUUCAGAUGAGGUUACUCUGGAUACUGUCUGGCCUCACUUGGAAGACACCUGAGUGCUCACAUCUGAUCCACACGGAUUUACUUAAGGGGGCUGGAUUCUUCUAGAAUCACUCUAAAGAGAGCUAUCAAAGGGGCCUAACAGACCUGAGUGCCUGCUCUUCUUGGAGACUCGGGUUUCUUACAUAUAAACAGAGGGAAGUGGCAAAGAACGAUUCCUUGGACACAUUCCCUAGACAGCCCCCACCUAGCUUCUGAACACCCAUGUCUGGUCUACUGUGAAGAGUCUAUCAAUCCAUUGACUUUUCUUGUUUUUACAGUCCUUUAAAUCCACAAAUGUAUAUGCUUUAUUUUAUAUUAUUUAUUAUGUACAUAUGUCUACUGUUAGUAUAAAGCUCCUCAUCCAUGGAGCCCAGGGUUCUGUUCUCCCUUACUGGGCGAGAGGGUGGUGGUAUUCUUUUCUAAAGGAAAAAACAAAACAAAAACCUGUAUUGCUGCUGCUCUUCCCUCAGCGUCUUUCACGGCCCCACUGCCACCCAUUCGUGGUGGCCAGUAUUUGGGAGGUAGGUGGAGGCAGACCAUCUCAAGUCUCCAUGAGUUACUGCAGAAGUGGUUUCUUUCCUGUGUGGUGGUAGCAUGUGGCUCCUUCCUCAUCACUACCCAAACCAGAUCAGUUUCCUGGUCCAAUGAUAGCCCAAAAUGACAGCCUCUACUUCUCACCUUGGCUUGCUGAACCUGUCUGUGUCCUGGAAGCUGCCUGCCCAUCAAGGCUCUGAACAUGCCUCUUCCUGGUGUCAUGGCCCAGGUACUGACGCUGCCUUGGGUCUAAAGCAAGCCCUGCUUUGUCUGGUUAUCCCCAUUCUCCUUAGCGGUGCCCACUGUAUCAUGGUGUACAUUUCAUGCAUUUGAGCAGUGCCAUCAAUGGGAAGCUACACAGGCACAGGUCACGUGCACAGGCUCCACAAGCCGACUGUCAUGAUGGACGCAUUUAUAAUUCAAAUGUUGUAGAUUUACAAUACCUAUUUAUUUUGUACCAAUUUAUUUGUAAAUCUUGUGAUUGUUUUUAAAAAGUUUUGUUUAUUUCUAUUAUUCUAUUUAGAUAAAUGAUUUUCUGUUCACCCUUCUA